AUGGGUGGCUUCACCUGUUGUGUUCCAGGCUGUUAUAAAAACAGUACCAAGCACAAAGGUCUCGGGUUUUACAAGUUUCCCGUGAACAAAGCGCGGAGAAAGGAAUGGAUACGGCGUAUCGGCCGGAAAGGAAACAACGGCAAGUACUCUGAGUUUGUACCUACAGAUGGUCAUCGAGUCUGUGGUCUUCACUUCAAGAAUGGUGCGAAGACAUAUAUGGACCAUACCCCAACAGUCUUUCCACUAAAGCGCAGUGUUGACAGAGUUUCUCGGUCAACACGGUUGCAGAAAAAAGAGCCACAGCAACUGGAGCCCGAGUUGGUUGAGGAUGAGGCCAUGAACGAGGCUGAAGAAAGGGCUUCGUCACCUGAUCCAUCCACAGAAGAAAUGGCAUCCUACCCUGAGCAAGGCAGGGAUCACAAUUACGGACUGCCACCAGAGACAAAUGAUGACCCCCGAACAAUGCUCCUUCGACAGAAGAACAUCAUAGAGCAGCUCUUAGGAAGAGAAGAGGAACUUCAGGAACUCCUCAAAGCCAGGGAUGUGGAGCUUGCUGAGCUACGUGCAGAAUUCCACAAGAAAGAAGGGGAGUCAUCUCGCAGAGAGCUUGAACUUCUUGUGGAACGGAAUCGCAAUCAGUGGCUGCAGGGUUUGCAUCAGCAGCCUUGCUUGAAAGCUUCUACAAGAUAUUUGAGCCGGACAUGA